CGCUCGCCUCCGGCCUGGGUUCGGGAACUGCGGACGUUACUUUCCCUUAAGAUGGCGGACGAGGAGGCUGACGGACCCGAGAGGAUGGACAUCGGCCCCGAGCUGCCGCGGGCCCCUCAGCGACUGGCGACGUGGUGGGAUCAGCAAGUUGAUUUUUAUUCUGCUUUUUUGCACCAUUUGGCACAGUUGGUGCCAGAAAUUUAUUUUGCUGAGAUGGAUCCAGAUUUGGAGAAGCAAGAAGAGAAUGUACAAAUGUCAAUAUUCACUCCAUUGGAGUGGUACUUAUUUGGAGAAGAUCCAGACAUUUGCUUAGAGAAAUUAAAGCACAGUGGAGCAUUUCAGCUGUGUGGGAAGGUUUUCAAAAGUGGAGAAACAACAUAUUCUUGUAGGGAUUGUGCUAUUGAUCCAACAUGUGUACUCUGUAUGGACUGCUUCCAGAAUAGUGUUCAUAAAAAUCAUCGUUAUAAGAUGCAUACUUCUACUGGAGGAGGGUUUUGUGACUGUGGAGACAUAGAGGCAUGGAAAACUGGCCCUUUUUGUAUAAAUCAUGAGCCUGGAAGAGCAGGUACUGCAAAAGAGACUUUGCAUUGUCCAUUGAAUGAAGAGGUAAUUGCUCAAGCCAGGAAGAUUUUCCCUUCAGUGAUAAAAUACAUUGUGGAAAUGACUAUAUGGGAAGAAGAAAAAGAACUGCCUCCUGAACUGCAGCCAAGGGAGAAAAAUGAAAGAUAUUAUUGUGUCCUUUUCAAUGAUGAACACCAUUCAUAUGAUCAUGUGAUAUACAGUCUACAAAGAGCUCUUGAUUGUGAGCUCGCAGAGGCACAGUUGCACACUACUGCCAUAGACAAAGAGGGUCGUCGGGCUGUCAAAGCAGGUGCUUAUGCUGCUUGCCAAGAAGCAAAGGAAGAUAUAAAGAGUCAUUCAGAAAAUGUCUCUCAACAUCCACUCCAUGUAGAAGUAUUACACUCUGAGGUUAUGGCUCAUCAAAAAUUUGCUUUGCGUCUUGGCUCCUGGAUGAACAAAAUUAUGAGCUAUUCAAGUGACUUUAGGCAAAUCUUCUGCCAAGCAUGCCUCAUUGAAGAACCAGGCUCUGAAAACCCCUGUCUCAUAAGCAGAUUAAUGCUUUGGGAUGCAAAGCUUUAUAAAGGUGCCCGUAAGAUCCUUCAUGAAUUGAUCUUUAGUAGUUUUUUUAUGGAGAUGGAAUACAAAAAACUCUUUGCUAUGGAAUUUGUGAAGUAUUAUAAACAACUACAGAAGGAAUAUAUCAGUGAUGAUCAUGAUAGGAGUAUCUCUGUCACUGCACUGUCAGUGCAGAUGUUUACAGUUCCUACUCUGGCUCGGCAUCUUAUUGAAGAACAGAAUGUUAUUUCUGUCAUUACUGAAACUCUGCUAGAAGUUUUACCUGAAUACUUGGACAGGAACAAUAAAUUCAACUUCCAGGGUUAUAGCCAGGACAAACUGGGAAGAGUAUAUGCAGUAAUAUGUGACCUAAAAUAUAUCCUAAUUAGCAAACCUACAAUGUGGACAGAAAGAUUAAGAAUGCAGUUCCUUGAAGGUUUUCGGUCUUUUCUGAAGAUUCUUACCUGUAUGCAGGGAAUGGAAGAAAUCAGAAGACAGGUUGGACAACACAUUGAAGUGGAUCCUGACUGGGAGGCUGCUAUUGCUAUACAGAUGCAAUUGAAGAAUAUUUUACUCAUGUUCCAAGAGUGGUGUGCUUGUGAUGAAGAUCUCUUACUGGUGGCUUAUAAAGAAUGUCACAAAGCCGUGAUGAAGUGCAGUACAAGUUUUAUAUGUAGUAACAAGACAGUAAUACAGUUGUGUGGUCAUACUUUGGAAACUAAGUCCUACAGAGUAUCUGAGGAUCUCGUCAGCAUACAUCUACCACUCUCUAGGACUCUUGCUGGUCUUCAUGUACGUUUAAGCAGACUGGGUGCUGUUUCAAGACUGCAUGAUUUUGUGCCUCUUGAGGACUUCCAAGUAGAGGUACUGGUGGAAUACCCCUUGCGUUGUCUGGUGUUGGUUGCCCAGGUUGUUGCUGAGAUGUGGAGAAGAAAUGGGCUGUCUCUCAUUAGCCAGGUAUUUUAUUACCAAGAUGUUAAAUGCCGGGAGGAAAUGUAUGAUAAAGAUAUCAUCAUGCUUCAGAUGGGAGCAUCUCUAAUGGAUCCCAACAGAUUCUUGUUGCUGAUUCUUCAGAGGUAUGAACUUGCUGAUGCUUUUACCAAGACCAUAUCCACAAAAGACCAGGAUUUGAUUAAGCAGUACAAUACAUUGAUAGAAGAAAUGCUUCAGGUCCUCAUCUAUAUUGUGGGAGAGCGAUAUGUACCUGGAGUGGGAAAUGUGACCAAAGAAGAAGUCACAAUGAGAGAGAUCACUCACUUACUCUGCAUUGAGCCCAUGCCACACAGUGCCAUUGCGAAAAAUUUACCUGAGAAUGAAAAUAAUGAAACUGGCUUAGAGAAUGUCAUAAACAAAGUGGCCACAUUUAAGAAACCAGGUGUAUCAGGCCAUGGAGUUUAUGAACUAAAAGAUGAAUCAUUGAAAGACUUCAAUAUGUACUUUUACCAUUAUUCCAAAACACAGCAUAGCAAGGCUGAACAUAUGCAAAAGAAAAGGAGAAAACAAGAAAAUAAAGAUGAAGCAUUGCCACCACCACCACCUCCUGAGUUCUGCCCAGCUUUCAGCAAAGUAAUUAACCUUCUCAACUGUGAUAUUAUGAUGUACAUUCUCAGAACCAUAUUUGAGAGGGCAGUAGACACAGAUUCUAACUUGUGGACAGAAGGGAUGCUCCAAAUGGCAUUCCAUAUAUUGGCACUAGGCUUAUUAGAAGAGAAACAGCAACUCCAGAAAGCGCCUGAAGAGGAAGUGACAUUUGACUUUUACCAUAAGGCUUCAAGAUUGGGAAGUUCAUCCAUGAAUGCUCAGAAUAUACAAAUGCUUUUGGAAAAACUCAAAGGGAUUCCUCAAUUAGAAGGCCAGAAGGACAUGAUAACAUGGAUAUUCCAGAUGUUUGACACAGUGAAGCGAUUAAGAGAAAAAUCUUCUGUAAUUGCAGCCACCACUUCAGGACUGGAGCCCAUUAAGAAUGAUGAGAUUACUCAUGACAAAGAAAAAGCAGAGCGGAAGAGAAAGGCCGAAGCUGCUCGGCUCCACCGCCAGAAGAUCAUGGCUCAGAUGUCUGCCCUGCAGAAGAACUUCAUUGAAACUCACAAACUCAUGUAUGACAGUACAUCAGAAAUGCCCGGGAAAGAAGACUCCGCUAUGGAGGAAGAAAGCACCCCAACAGUCAGUGACUACUCUAGAAUUGCUUUGGGUCCUAAGCGGGGUCCAACUAUUACUGAAAAGGAGGUGCUGACAUGCAUUCUCUGCCAAGAAGAACAAGAGGUGAAAAUAGAAAAUAAUGCCAUGGUACUAUCUGCCUGUGUCCAGAAAUCCACCGCCUUAACCCAGCACAGGGGAAAGCCCAUAGACCUCUCAGGGGAAACCCUGGACCCUCUUUUCAUGGAUCCAGACUUGGCACAUGGAACUUACACAGGAAGCUGUGGUCAUGUAAUGCAUGCAGUGUGCUGGCAGAAGUAUUUUGAAGCUGUGCAGCUGAGCUCUCAGCAGCGCAUUCAUGUCGACCUUUUUGACUUGGAGAGUGGAGAGUAUCUUUGCCCACUUUGCAAGUCCCUGUGCAAUACUGUUAUCCCCAUCAUUCCUGUGCAACCACAGAAGAUAAACUGUGAGAAUGCAGAGGCGCUCGCUCAAUUUUUGACCUUGGCACAAUGGAUACAGACUGUUCUUGCCAGAAUAUCAGGAUAUAAUAUGAAACACGCUAAAGGAGAAAUUCCAAGUCUUCCUAUCUUCUUUAAUCAAGGAAUGGGCGAUUCCACUUUUGAGUUUCAUUCCAUCCUGAGUUUUGGAGUUCAGUCUUCGAUGAAGUAUUCUACUAGUAUCAAGGAAAUGGUCAUUCUCUUUGCUACAACAAUUUAUAGAAUUGGACUGAAAGUGCCUCCUGAUGAACUAGAUCCGCGAGUCCCCAUGAUGACUUGGAGCACAUGUGCUUUUACUAUCCAAGCAAUUGCACAAUGGCCUGAAAGCACUAAUGCAGUUUGCAGUUGCACAGAGGAUUACCUGUCCUCAGGUCCUGAUACAGAAACAUCUGGUUCGUCUCCUGUCAGUUAUUCUUCCCAACCUAAAAUCAGAAGACACACCAUGCCUUCUAUCUGUAGAUCUAUUUCAUGUUUUGGUAGGUGCUGUAUUAGCAUUCCCAUCCUUAUACUGGGAUGACACUGUUGAUCUGCAGCCUUCGUCAAUUAGUUCCUCCUACAACCACCUUUACCUCUUCCAUUUGAUCACCAUGGCUCAUAUGCUUCAGAUUCUUCUUACAGUAGACACAGGCCUCCCCCUUGCUCAGGUUGAAGAAGACAGUGAAGAAGCUCGGGCUGCAUCCUCUUUCUUUGCAGAAGUUUCACAGCUUACAAACAGCUUCAUUGGGUUUGGCAUUCCUGGCUGGUAUUUGUGGGUGUCAUUGAAGAAUGGCAUCACCCCUUACCUUCGUUGUGCUGCGUUGUUUUUUCACUAUUUACUUGGGGUAAUUCCACCUGAGGAGCUGCUUACCAAUUCUGCAGAAGGAGACUACAGUGCACUAUGUAGCUAUCUAUGUUUACCCACAAAUUUGUUCCUGCUUUUCCAGGAAUAUUGGGAUACUGUAAGACCCUUACUCCAGAGGUGGUGUGCAGAUCCUGCCAUACUAAACUGCUUGAAGCAGAAAAGUGCUGUGGUCAGGUACCCUAGAAAAAGAAAUAGUUUGAUAGAGCUUCCUGAUGACUACAGCUGUCUCCUAAAUCAAGCUUCUCAUUUUAGGUGUCCACGGUCUGCAGAUGAUGAACGAAAACAUCCUGUCCUCUGUCUUUUCUGUGGGGCCAUACUAUGUUCUCAGAACAUUUGCUGCCAAGAGAUUGUGAAUGGGGAAGAGGUUGGAGCCUGCAUUUUCCACGCACUUCACUGUGGAGCAGGAGUCUGCAUUUUCCUAAAAAUCAGAGAAUGCAGAGUGGUCCUGGUAGAAGGAAAAGCCAGAGGCUGUGUCUAUCCAGCCCCUUACUUAGAUGAAUAUGGAGAAACUGACCCUGGGCUAAAGAGGGGCAACCCGCUUCACUUGUCUCGGGAGCGGUAUCGGAAGCUGCAUUUGGUCUGGCAACAACACUGCAUUAUAGAGGAGAUUGCUAGGAGCCAGGAAACAAAUCAGAUGUUAUUUGGCUUCAACUGGCAGUUACUAUGAGCUCCAACUCUGCCUCCAGACAAUCAUGAAUGACAUCGAUAAUAAAGACUAACCUAAAAUGCCAGAGAACUUUCUGAGGGCUGGGGAAGUAUUUGGAGGGUCUUUUGUUCCAUGUCCAUAUUCAUGUACAUUAAUAAAAUAUUCCUUAAUGGAAUAUUGCUUUCAGUUAGCAAACAUAAGCUUCAAGGGAAAAAAGGACAUAGAUUAAUCUGUGUUAUAUUCUAGAACACUAAAGAAAUGCUUGUUCACCCAAGUGUCUAUUCUGCUGAUAUUUCCAGAAAGCCCACUCCCCUUCAUGAAGUAUUCUAGUUCAUUUCAUUUCAUGUCACCCUGGAAAAUGGAGUCAUAUCAAGCAGUCAUGGGCAUUUCUACAUCUGGUUAACAGCUCUACACUUUUAUAUUUGGUGUUUUCCCAAGUGUAAUUUAGCUUGUAUUAGAUUACUGGCAAGGUUCUGAUAAUCUGUGGUGGUUUGGAUUUGGUUUGGUUUGGAUUUUGCAGUUUAAGAGGAGCUGCAGAAGCCAUACAGUAUCUUCCAACUGAAAAAUAUUUCAAGAACAUAAAUGAUUUUCUCCUGCAAGAAAAUAUCUUUAUUGUACCACCUAUAACUUUAGCCAGAAACUGGUCUAAAUCUCCAUAUGGACAGAGUGAGAGCUCUGCUCCCACUGUGGACCACAAGAAGAAUUAGGAGAGGUGUUCAGUAUGCAUUCUUGGUACCAAGAGCCUCUCAUCCUUACCUCUGACGGCAGAUGGCUUUGUGGCCUUGCAAGUUACCUGUUCUAAAGGCAGGUUUCUGUACUAAGAUCUCUUAUCUCUUGAUUGUAGUACCAUCCUAUAUGGCUCUCAGAAACCUGUUGCUGUUCUGAUGUAAGCUAUUUGUAGAAUGAGGAUUAGAAAAAUUCCCCCAAUGAAUGGGCAUAAAAACUGAAAUUACAACCAUAAUAUUUAAGCCAGUUUGAACCUUCUAUGACUUCUAAAAGACAUCCUUAAAUUGUUAUCUAUGUGUAACCUUUUCAUAAACUCUGGUCUUAUGAUUGAUAGAAACGACUGAUAGAAAUGACCAAAAAAAGCCAUGUAAUCAAGUCAGUCCUGUUAGAACAUGGUGUAGUUAAGCCAUCUUGUUUAUAAAUAAUACAACUCCCUUGAGUCUGUUCAUAAACUUCUGGGUCUUGACUUUAACUUUUUAUAUCAAGAACUUGUGAAUUAACAGCAGACAGAACAUUAAUUGAAACUGAUUUUGGCUUCUGUUGUUUUGGGUAAAUAUUAGCAGUUGAAAGAUGCAUUCAAAGAGUGUACUUUAUUUUGCCCGUGGCUAUUGCUACCAUGUGUAUGUACAAAUGUUUUCCUACCUUUUGUUCAGUAAAAGCAAGCAAAUAAAAAUACAUUUGCUAAGUGAUCACUGAUACCCUUUGGGAGCUAGAUUUGUUGGUAUUUUUAUGUAAGGAAAAGUGGGUUUUGCAGUAAGAGCUUGGUGUGAACAGGUAUCAGAAGCAUGAUCAUGAGUUCCUACUUGGAUAAUUACUGUUCAGAAGGUAUCAGGAAAUAGAUGUAACUAUUUGCAACAAUUAUGACAGAUGAAGAUCAUAAAAUUCAGUAUUCAGUAUGAUUUGCUGGUAUGAUUAAGUAAGUGAUUUGGACACUGCCCUUUAUUUUUAUAUAAUGUCAGUGGCCUGGAAGUCUUGGCUAGAAUAGGCAUCAGAAGGGGCUUAUUUCUGCCUUAGUUAUCUGGCCCCCAUUUAGCAAGAAUAAAUUGACUAUUUUUUUUCUUUUUUCUAUUCAAUCCAUAAAUCCUGGAACUAAGCUAUCAAGCUGCCAGAGGACUAGCUGACACUGGCCAGCUGGUCUUUACUGCCAAAGAACCUAUUUCCUAAUUGAGUUGUGCUUGCUGAGACUGAGGUUUCUGCCCUGCAGACAUGAGGUUUUAUUCCCUGCAUGCCUCAGUGCAGCCCCAGCCCGAGGGAUCUCUGGUGAUAUUCAUAUGUCCUAGUGAUUUCCCUUCAUCACUGCAAACAAUUUAAUUUUGCUUAUGAAGUUUA